AUGGAAGAGUUGAACUUUGACGUUAAUUCUCUUGCGAGUGAACUAAGUGGGUAUUUAGAAAAGCUAACUGAUGAGCAGAAAUUUGCAUACGAUCAAAUAAUUGGUGCUGUUAGCGGUAAUAUGGGUGGACGUUUCUUCUUAUAUGGUCAAGGUGGUUGUGGAAAAACAUUCUUAUGGUCAACUAUAUCAUGCUCAAUUAGGUCUAAAGGAGGUAUAGUUUUAAAUGUUGCUUCAAGUGGGAUUGAUGGACUUCUGUUGCCUAAUGGAAGAACUGCACAUUCAAGAGACAUCUUAAGGUGCUCAGAUUCGUAUAAUGCUCAUUUGCCAUUUGGAGGUAAAGUUGUUGUUCUCGGAAAAAAUUUUAGACAAAUUUUACCUGUCAUUCCAAGAGGCUCAAGGCAAGAUAUAAUUCAGUCUUCUAUUAAUUCUUCAUAUUUGUGGCAUAACUGCAAGGUUUUGAAGCUUACAAAAAAUAUGAGAUUGUCACUAGGUGAAAACAGCAACAUACAAGAACUCAAAAAUUUUGCAGAAUGGCUACUCAAAAUUGGUGAUGGUUUGGCUGGUAAUACAACAGAUGGUGAAUCGAUCGUUCAUAUACCAUCUGACAUUUUGGUUAAGAACUCUGAGACAGCUUUGGAUGACCUCGUUGAUUUUGUGUAUCCAGAUAAGUUAUCCAAUUUAUCCGUUGAAAAUUAUUUCAAGGAUAGAACAAUUCUUGCACCAAUUCUAAAUUGUGUCACUGAUGUCAAUAACAAGAUGACUGCAGGGUUACUGACAAACCCCAAUUUGACGUGCAACAUCAUGAUUGCUCUUCGAUAUUGGAUGUCGGAUAAAGGCAAAGCCAUAGCCACCACCUCUAAGAAGAGAAAACACUCUACCCCCUCCAUUCCUUCCAUUUACAAGAACUAUGCUAGGAAUCCAUUGCAGGACGAGGAUAAAGAGAAUCAACAGUUGCCUUCUACCAAUCCUGGCAAAUUCCCCAAUCUCUACUGUGAGCUUCGGUUCUCCAGAUAUCGAACCACGAAGCUAAAUAUUGAGAAGAAGUUGCUCCUACCUAAUGACGUGAGACGGCGCAUUAACGGUCGGAUCCUUGAAUUAGGUCUACCACCACACAAGUUGGUUGUGAAGGUUGGCGCUCCUGUUAUGUUGCUGCGAAAUAUAGACCAAACUAAUGGUUUGUGCAAUGGAACGAGAAUGCAAGUUUCAAAGAAGGGACAAACUCUAUCGAAAGUUGGAAUUUACCUUCCAAGACCAGUUUUCACCCACGGUCAAUUGUAUGUUGUGUUAUCAAGAGUAACGAGUAAAGAUGGUCUGCGAGUGCUAUUGCAAGAUCACGGACACUUGGAAGAUACUGCACGAUGA